GCGAUUGUUAGAUACUGCCGUUUGUUGCAAGGCAGGGGGCGGUGGAGGGAAGUUGCCGGGGCCACAGUACUGUAUAGUUUUCGGAUAAGAUCAUGUCAGCGAAGAGGAGCAUCGGGGAUUCAGAGAUCUUGAAGAAAAGAAUUCCACAAAAUCAAAAAUACGAGCAUAUCAAAACAAGGCUAGAUACAGGUAAUAGCAUGACCAAGUACUUGGAGAGGAUAGAAGAUAUAAAGAGAAAUUAUAGGUACAAAAAAGAUGAACUAUUCAAGAGGAUUAAAGUUACCACAUUUGCUCAGCUUGUCCUUCAAGUGGCAUCAGUAACAGAAGAGAGGGAAAGUGGUGAAAUGACUACUGACGAGCUACAGAGAUUAGAAGACAAUAGCUCUGUCAUAUCUGAUACUGAAUUUCUGACAGACCGACCCAAUGGUAAAGGGAGCCCGGCUAAUGAAUCCAACAGUCCUAUACAGUUUAUUGACAGUGAAAGAGGAGAAGAAUUAAUACAGACAUCAAGGUCUACCCUUCAGAGUGUCAUAAGUGGAGUAGGAGAACUGGACCUUGGAAAUCAGGCUGAUAUAAAAAAGGAAUCUUUGCCAAGCUCCAGUGCACUAGACAAGCCUUAUGAGGACUGCCCAUUUCUACUGCUUGAUGUGAGAGAUAGAGAUUCCUAUGAUCAGUGCCACAUUGUUGGAGCCAGGAAUUAUCCUAUUGCAAUGCUUUCUAGGACGAUGAACCCUUUCACACCUGAAAUCCUAGAAUAUAGAAAUGCUCAUGGUAAAAUUAUUAUCCUCUAUGACGAAGAUGAGAGAGUAGCCAGUCAAGCUGCCAGCACUAUGUGUGAGCGAGGGUUUGAGAAUCUGUUCAUGUUGUCUGGAGGUUUAAAAGUCAUAUCACAAAGGUUCCCUCAAGGUCUUACAACUGGCUCUUUUCCAAUCACCUGUCUGGCUCCACCCACUCAGACGAAGUCUGCUCUUAAACGAACACCAAAGGAUCCCAUUAUACCUGCUGAGAACAAGUGGAGAUUUUCAUCCCAGGACCUGGAAAUGAUAGAGAACCAUCUAGAAAAUGUGCUCAUGUCCACAAGCACACCCAGCCGCCUCAGAAUGGAUUCGAGAAACAGCAAAGUUCCAUCAUCUGCCAGCUCAGCCCGGUCACAAAGCAGCACCAGCUCACACUCCAAGCCCUGGAAAUAAGCCAGGGGCUUAGAAGAAAUUUCCUAAUUAAACCCCAAAACUAUUUUUCUAAUAGCUUUGUUUUAUUUAUGUUCCAGCAGUAUUGAGCUUCUAGACAGUAAUUUACUAGGAACUACAUUUGUGAGCGAGUAGGAUGUUUACAAAAUAUUUAUAAUCACUUUAUAGGGGAACAAGUUGAGAUGAAAUUUUGUCUUCUUGCAGUGUCUAGAAAGCCCAAUUGUAAUUAAUGUUCAAUGUUUACUAUUAGAAUUUUAAAACAGACGUGUAGGUAAUGAUUGUAUGUGGUACAGUGAUACCAUGAUCAAAUAACAGAUGCUGCAUUACAUAAAUACACCUGUAAAUAACAUGAUUCUUAUUUCAUUUAGAUAAUACUAAUUUAUCGUUUAGUGAAAUUUUUGAGUAACUCUUUCAAUGCCAGCAAUGAAAUUCACCGGCAUCAUCUCAUGCAGCAAUUUGACUAUUUUGGUAUCUUAACAUAUACACAGCUACUGGUGCUAUGUGUGUGUGUGAUGCUUCUGGAUUGAGAGCUUUUUCGUGGUAAUGCUACUUCUGUUUUAAAUGUUAUGUACAGUGUUGAAAAACACAUAGAUAUUUAUUGAAAAUUGCAUUGCUGUUUCUUUUCUCUAUCCUAAUGUGACUGAAUAGAACGUUUAUUAGAAUUUGUUUAUUAGAUGGGGUCAGUGACCGCCAUAUGCAAGCUGAAAAGAGUCUGAAGAAGACGACCAAUUAUGGAAAAAAAACUAUAUAAAAUAAAUAAUGAAGACCAAUUGAAAGUGGCUUCAAAUUGGCCAUUCUAUAACAUACUAAAAGUUAACUUAAAGGUGAACUACCCCUUUAAGGAACAGCAGAUAUUAUUUAAUAACUAUUACAAGUUUAAUAAACAUAGAAAUUUUUUCAAUUUUAGUGUAUAACUUAUUCCUUUAAGCAGUACCAGUAUUAAAAGGCAAGCAUGUGGGAAGCAAUGAUAUAGUAAAGCUGUCUUUUAUUAAUCAAAACCUUGCUACCAUUUAAAUAGUGAAAUAGACAUUGAAUUUUAAAUUAAUCCCCUGACUUCAAAUAUUUUGCUCUUUAAUAUUAGAGAUGUCUACAAUAAAAGUCAUUUAUAGUUUUAGUUACAUAGUUACACAUUUUUUGAAUUGGAAAAGUGGUGAACUUGUCCACUUAAGAGAAAGCCCUUGGUUAUGUUGUCAAAACUUCCAAAGACACUGUUUAUAAAAAUGAAAUCAAGACUAAAAUCAACCCUGCACCUUUUUCCUCUCAGUUGCUGAUUCCUCCAAUCAGAUUACUUUCAGUAACCAUACACACGAAAACUGAAGUUACACAGGAUUCAUUACACAUAGACCAUGUAGUGUCCAUGAGCUUCAAGCUAACCAGUUCAGAUCCGGACAGUAUAUCAGUAGAUUAAGACUUAACUUUUAAUGAUCAUAAUCCAUAAAAAAUGUAUAUACACACUGCCAGCUACAAACACAAAACCACUCACUCCUCCUAACAUCAGGGAGCAGUGUGGGACCGUGUCCCUAAAAUACACAUAUAUCUAAAACCACAGACAUACGGUGGAUAGGUGGUAGUAAUUAAUUUUUGCUUUAGUUUAAAGCGAAGACUAUUAAUUAUUGCCCCUGAGAGUCAGACCCAUUCACCCUCCCUUCCAAUCAAUUCCCCAGAAUUUCUACCUGUCUACAUGGGGAAUGAGUGGGAGCUGGUCCUUCACCGUCCACCUAUGCUGCCCGCCCUACGCGUUUCGCUGAUCGCUCGGCUUCCUCGUGCAUAAGUACCGGCGCGAGGCUCCUCCAUCUAUAAAUAGGCUCUACUUUUAGUAACCGCAUUACAGGACAGAAGUUAAAAGGGAGAAAGCGCCAAGAAGAUUCCUACAGGCAUCCACAGCAAAGCUAGUGUGUGUUGCAAAGUUGCUAUUCUGCAAGGGAGGAGAAAUGUGAGGUAUUAGAUGGGUUUUUAACCCCUUAACUGCUUAUGAUUAGUGGGACCUGUAAUGAUCACACUUACAUUGACCCUUAAUGGAGAACUAAACCCCCAAACUAAUAAAAAUCCCUACCCUCCAUAGUCCUUCCUCCCCGUUCUCCCGCACAGAUGUUAAUACCUGUAAAUGCCCUUAAGUCUUUAAUUACCCCUUUGAAAAAUGUAGGUUUUGUUUCUGCAGUUGUGAUUUAUGUAAUAAAGGAAUCUGUGAUGAGCCACUGUAAAAUCAUGGCAGUUAAUUGCCAGUAUAAAGACUUUUUGUAAUUUUAAGUGAACGUCCCCUUUAAGUAUGCAGACUGGGCUGUCCGGUGCAUUCCUAUACUUAUACCUUUAUAAUGUUAUACACCUAUACAUUCCUAUUAUUAAACAUCAAUAAAUUGUCUUUCAGUCCUG